UCAACAGCAAAAGCUAAUUCUGGUGCGAAAGCAUUACCAAAUAACAUUGUUCAAAAUGCAAAGAAACGUUCAAAAUCGGCAUCAUCAGAAGAUUCGCUCAUAAGUAUACCCAAGAAAAAGAUUGAUAGUAGUGGAACAAGAACAAAAGAGCAUCCAUCGAAAAUAUCAGCUGCUGCAACAAUAAUAAAAAGUAAAAAUUUAGAUCUACCAAUCGAUCCAUCGAUAACAUUUGAUCAAGAUAAAGGUACAGCGAAUGAAUUAGAGCAACAAUUACAUAAAUUAUUGGCUGAAAAUGAAAGAUUAACAAAAGCUGUUGAUUUUUAUG